UUGUGAGGCUGAUGUCAGGUGUUCUAAUUCUGUAUCUAAUGAGUAAGGGACACCGAAAUAUAAAAGCAGUACAGAGCCACGUGCCUUAAAUACACAUUACUUUUAUAUAAAUCGUGUCCACUGGGGUUUGAAAUGUAGAUAUUAACUGAGUACAAUAAUAUCUGUUGUAAUUCCCGCAUUGAGAUUUCUCAUGGUUAGGGUAAUUUCCCCAAGUCUUUCCUGAGUACAAUAGAGUAUCAUUAUUGGGAUGAGAAAUCAACGGGCUUCGUUUCUAACUAACGUAACCAACUCCUGGUGUUUACAACUGAUUCAGACUGCUCACGUACUUGUUAGAGGCUGUUUUUUGGUGCGGUUUGAGCAAUAUACCAACUCGAAGCGCAGAGAUUUAUUCCUUCGUCUUACAAAAUCUAAGUGAUCAGCGGCUGUUGUCCAAGUUGAUUCUUGAAAUCUGGACAUACUGGACAUUAUUUAAUUUGCAUCUUCUCUGUCACUGGUCCCCACCCACUAGUAGAAAGGAGUGCUGUCUUGCACAGUCCACUUGUAGCAAUCAGGAAGGAAGCGAAGCUUUACGGAGUGUAUCAUGGCAUCACCUACAGCACUGUGGGGCUCUGCUGUUUUUCUUAUUUAUUUUCGGUUAUUGCUAGCUUAUGGUCCUCGUUACUUUUCUAACCAAAGGAACCUUAAACAUGUCUCAGCCCAGAUUUACUACGAUUACACAACUCAUUACUUUUACCAAAAGAUUGAUCAUUUUGGAUUUGCUGAAGAUGCAACUUUCAAACAACGGUAUUUGGUAUCAGAUAAAUACUGGAGUGAAACAGGUGGAGUUGUACUCUUUUACACUGGCAACGAAGGUGAUAUAACAUGGUUCUGCAAUAACACGGGUUUUAUGUGGGAUGUGGCUGAAGAACUUAAAGCCUUGUUAGUAUUUGCUGAACACAGGUACUAUGGAGAAUCUUUACCCUUUGGAGACCACUCUUUUAGUGAUCCAAAACAUUUGAACUAUCUAACAUCAGAGCAGGCUUUGGCAGAUUUUGCUGUGCUAAUACGACACCUGCAUGAAACCAUCCCUGGAGCAAGAAACAGUCCUUUCAUUGCCAUAGGAGGAUCCUACGGUGGAAUGUUGGCAGCUUGGUUUAGAAUGAAGUACCCACAUAUGGUAGUAGGUGCUUUUGCCUCUUCUGCACCAAUCUGGCAAUUUGAAGAUUUGGUCCCUUGUGGAAUUUUCUACAAGAUUGUGACAGAUGAUUUCCAUCAAAGUGGGAAGGAUUGUUCUGAAAGUAUCAGGAACUCAUGGAAGGCUAUUGACCGUGUUUCAUCUUCAGAGGAAGGUCUGCAGUGGAUUUCGACUGCAUUUCAUCUUUGUUCCCCGCUAAAGAACAGCGAUGAUGUUGGAGCAUUUAAGUCUUGGCUAAGUGAGACCUGGGUAAAUCUUGCCAUGGUUAACUAUCCAUAUGAAGCCUUCUUUUUACAGCCUCUGCCAGCAUGGCCAAUACAGGUUGUCUGCAAGUUUCUUACGAACUCCAAUCUUCCAGACAGAGAAUUGUUGAACAGAAUUUUUCAAGCUGCAAAUGUGUAUUAUAAUUACACUGGACAAGCUCAGUGCCUGAACAUCUCACAGACUGCAACUGGCAGCCUUGGAGACACAGGCUGGUACUACCAGGCUUGUACAGAAAUGGUAAUGCCUAUGUGUUCAGAUGGUGUCAAUGAUAUGUUUGAACCCCAGAAAUGGGACUUUCCCACCUUCUCUGCUGAUUGCUUCAAGAUGUGGGGAGUGAAACCUAGGCAGACAUGGAUCACAUCUGUGUACGGUGGGAAGAACAUCAGUGCACAUAGUAAUAUUAUCUUCAGCAACGGUGAUAUGGAUCCUUGGUCUGGCGGUGGAGUCAGAAAAAAGAUUUCAGAAAGCUUGAUUGCUAUAAAUAUUCCUGAAGGAGCUCAUCAUCUGGAUCUGCGCUCUAAGAAUGUGAACGAUCCUGCAUCUGUAUUGAAGGCACGCAGUUUGGAGAUUCAGUAUAUAAAUAAAUGGAUUCAGGAGUUCAGGCAGAGGAGCUGACUGCAUACUAUUUCUGUAAAAAAAAAAAAAUAAUGUUUUCAAUGCCCUAAUCUGACCUUUUCAUGUUUAUGAAAUAUGAGACCCUUUUACAAAAUAGUUUCUGAGAACUCAACAUCUCUUGGCAGUAUCCAUUGUAGUAGUUCUCUGAGUUAUGACCAGCAGACAGAUGUGUAAGGAAUUCUGCAGUUAUUUAAUGUAUGAGUAGCCUUAUAAUAUUUUGAAUGCAUUACCAUGUAACUUGGGAGGCCACUAAUAAUUAUUUUUUCUGAUUUAGGUUUCUGUGUAAUAAUUGUGAAAUUUAAAUACAAGCAGCAAAUAGUUUUUUCUGUACCUUCCGUUCACCACACUCAGACACACAGCCAGUGAAAUUUUUGAAGGUUGCAUAAUGAGUCUCCCUUUGACAAAGUAUAAUUCCAAAAUAUUCAUAUUAAUGGAACAUUUUAAACAGUAUAACAGUGUUUGGACACUGUUGCAGUGGAGUUUGGACUCUUGUGUAUGUUAUACCACCGGAGGUCUGGUAGAGAGUCUGCUAUCUGAACAAGGAUGUUUAUAAUCCUCAGAAUUAUUUGAGUUUUACAAACGUAACAGACCUGUUGAGCUAAAGCUUUUAAAUACUUUUUUUCUUUAGUACUAUAAUCCUCUUUAUUCUGGGCAACCCUUGCCUCUUCAGUGACCCUUACUGUGAAGGACUUAGGGAGAACAUCUGUGAGCUUUCUCACAGCUGAUGCUUAGUCCAUCUGGGACCUCACAGUUAAUUCUAGGGGUUUGCUAUCUCUUGUUCCACUCUCCAUGUGGUAUAUCAUCCUCAUCUCCAAGAUAAAAACAUCCUUCUUAUCUCACAAUCUCUUCCAUAGCUAUGAAAAACUUGUCUGAUGCUUUGAGCUCAGAAUGUCUUUAUACCGAUGCAGUGAACUCCUGAUCUGAACCGAUCUGUGAAGGUACGUAACUAUUAAUAAUGUGGAGAUUUUGGGGACUUGCUAUGCUACAUUUUGACAAUCUGUGUGUAAUGUUACAUUUUAGAAUAUGCGUUUAGUAGAUGUCACACACAAAUUAGUUAAACAGAAAGCAGAAUUUCCUUGCUGAGUAAAUGACUAUUAAGCAUAGAUUUUUUUUCUGCAAUAUUGCUUAAGCAUCAAGGGCUGGGCCCUACUUGUGCAGUUUUUAUUUUUAGCUGACGCUGCCAUUUUUAAAGCUUUUCCUGACAGCAUAUGUUGCAUUUUUGCUUUCUAGGAAGAUUUUCAUUUAUUGUAAUUCUGCUACUGUAGCAUUACCAAAGAGAAGUCAAAGCAUUUUCUUUUACUAUCUUCAGCAGUGUUUUCUUCCCAUAUCUCCCUUGAGGCAGCUAAAUCAUUUCUUUAGGGGAAUAUAUUUUAGCUAUGGUUAAUGAUGAUCAAGAAUUACUAAAAAGAAUAUAUACCUCUGUCUCUACACAGGAUUAUAUUUUUUGCUUGUUUUCGGGGGGGGGGGGGCUUUUAUAAUUUGACAUGCAUCAUUGUUAAGUAAGAAUAGCUGCUGAAAUGUACUCAUUGUAGAACAUUAUUUAAAAUGUCACAAUAAGUUUACAUGUUGUGAAAUGACUUAUGGGCUACAACGUCUAACUUUACUUUGCUUACUGAUGUAUAAGAUGUGCACAAUGCACUUGUCUUCACCUUUUGCCUCACAGUGCACUUGAAACAUAACUAUAUAAUGAGAUAAAGCACAAAUGUGCCUUGUCAUGUUAUUCCUUAACAGUAUUAAAUGUUGGGCAAGAAGAAUCUUGGCUAUUUCUUCAGCUGUACUUCUAUGGUAUGAUGGUAUUCCCUGUUAUUCCCAUGGCAUAAAGUAACUGUUUUUUGUUUGUUUUUAAAGUUA